AACUGCUAUUUUUUCUUUCUUUCUCUGUUCUGCAUGCUCUGCUUCACUCAGAAACAGAGCAUGGCUUCUCUCACAUUCUCGUUCUCCCUCUUCUUCAUGCUUACUACAUUCUAUGCUUCAUCAUCAGAAGCGGGUUCUAUCGGAAUUAACUACGGAAGAGUGGCGAACGACCUACCUACCCCGGCGAAGGUGGUGGAGCUUCUGAAGACUCAGGGUCUGAACCGUGUGAAGCUCUACGACACCGACGCCACCGUGCUAAACGCGUUUGCCAACUCGGGCAUCAAGGUGGUGGUUGCCAUGCCAAACGAGCUUCUCUCAAACGCCGCCGCGGAUCAAUCCUUCACCGACGCAUGGGUCCAAGCAAACAUCUCAAAAUACUACCCAGCCACCCAAAUCGAAGCCAUAGCCGUGGGAAACGAAGUGUUCGUUGACCCAAACAACACCACAAAGUUCCUCGUACCUGCCAUGAACAACGUCCACGCUUCACUCUCCAAGUACAACCUCGACAGCAACAUCAAAAUCUCGUCACCAAUCGCACUCUCCGCUCUUCAAACCUCAUACCCAACCUCGUCCGGUGCGUUCAAAACCGAACUGGUCGAACAGGUUAUAAAACCGAUGCUGGAUUUCCUUCGCAAAACCGGGUCAUACCUCAUGGUUAACGCGUACCCGUUCUUCGCGUAUUCGGCAAACUCCGACACGAUCGCGUUGAACUACGCGCUCUUCAAGGAUAACCCUGGGGUCGUUGAUUCGGGUAACGGCUUGCGAUACACGAACCUCUUCGACGCUCAAGUCGACGCCGUUUUUGCUGCCAUGUCAGCACUUCAAUACGACGACGUCAAGAUCGAGGUUUCGGAGACGGGUUGGCCCUCCGCUGGGGACUCUAACGAGAUUGGAGCUGGCCCAGACAAUGCGGCGUCGUAUAACGGAAACUUGGUUCGGCGCGUGUUGGGUGGGAGUGGAACCCCCUUGAGGCCCAAGGAUCCACUUAACGUUUUUUUGUUCGCGCUCUUCAACGAGAACCAGAAACAAGGCCCAACAUCGGAGAGAAACUAUGGGCUUUUCUAUCCAAGUGAACAGAAGGUUUAUGAUAUUCCGUUGACGGUUAAGGAGGUUAAUGAAGCGCCUUCAAACAGCGUGUCGAAGAGUGAGGUUCCGGUGUCGACGACGUCGUUUCGGGGCCAGACGUGGUGCGUGGCGAACGGUGCUUCUUCGGUUGAGAAGCUGGCGAACGCUCUUAAUUACGCAUGUGGGGAAGGUGGUGCUGAUUGCACUCCAAUUCAACCGGAUGCCACGUGUUACAAUCCCAACACGUUGGAGGCUCACGCUUCCUACGCUUUCAACAGUUACUAUCAGAAGAAGUCACGUGCAACUGGCACGUGCGAUUUUGGUGGGACUGCUUAUGUCGUCACUCAACCUCCCAAGUAUGGGAACUGCGAAUUCCCCACAGGAUACUGAAUGGACGGAGAUGGAGUGGGUUAGGUGAAAACCUAUAUUUGGAUUUUUCAGAUGGAUUCGGUGCAGAUUUUAUCCUUUUACUCUUCCUUGGUAGCACGCUUAUGUAGGCUUCGAGACACGUGCCAUGCUUUUAUUGUUUUCUUUCGAUUUAUUUAUAAUAAAUAUAUUUAUGAGUAGCUUGGAAGAUUACUUUCACUCAUUUCUUUGUAAUUAUCCCUAUUUAUUUUUUAAUUAAUAUAUACAAUACAUUUCUUACCAUCCUUUGUUUCUUCUGUGUUUUAUUCGAAGCUCGAUUUCUUUUUAUUCUCUUUAAAAUAUUUUCAUUUUGUUGCUUUGCGAGAUAAUGUGACAAAUUACAACUAGAAUCUUUAU